GUUUUGCAGUCAGCGUUUAUUAGUUGCAAUUUGCUUGCGGCCAAAGUUGUUCGCCAACAAGUAGUCAAACGAAUUAAAUAAUUUACUACAAAAGAAGUUGAUAAAAUGGGCAAAAACAAAGGCGGCGGAGGAGGUGGUGGAGGAGGUGGCGGUGGAGGUUCUGCUGGCGGAGGCGGUGGGGGCGGCAAUAAAAAAGGUAGCAACGCCAGCGGCUCAGGUGGUGGAGGCGGUGGCGGUGGCAAAAACAAAGCAGUUGCUGACAAAGGUGGAGCAAAGAAAGGACAGGAGCAAAAGGCAGCUGCGGGAGGUGGAGGCGGUGGUGGUAAAAAAGGAGGAAAAAAAUAGCGAACAGACGACAUCAAAGCGCAUUAAAUUACAAUUUUAAGAAUAAAUAUAUAUUUGCAACUAUACAUAUAUCCUAAGUCGAAAAGAUAUAUUAAAUAACAUGAUUUUUAAGUA